UUCCACACACACCGCGCUCUCUUGCGUGUGCCAUCCCGCCGAGGAGAAGUGCACGAAGGCGGAGGCGCAACCCCUUCGCGGAAAGAGGGUCGCCGCGUUCCCGGUCCGCGCGACAGCGGCUGCCUUCGCAAGAGAGCGUAGUUCACGAUUUUUAUUCGCGCUGAAAACGAAAAGCACCGCGUAAACACCGCGCGACACCCACCGUCGUCGAUGAGGACGACGACGCAACGACGAUAACGCCGGAGACCUAGGACAGAACGCGCGUCGCGAUAACGAAUCAGACGUCGAUCCGGGUGCCGUGCAGUGUAAAUCGCCGCGGGAAAACCGCGGUGGUGCAGUGUACAUCGUGCCGGAUGCUUUCCCUUCGCGGGGGGACAACGGGCGAGUUUGUCGAUCGCCGAUGAAUAAUCGUGAGUGCCGCCUCUACCCCGCGCGCGCGCGCCCGUACGUACGAGCGUGUGUGUGUAUGUGUGUGGGUGUGUGUAAGUGUGUACGUGCGUGUGCGUACGUGUGUGUGAAAGCGGAAACGAUCCGUUCUCCGUCCGCCGCGGCGAAGGAGCAAGAGGAACACCGAAAGGGUGCCGCAACACGGGGCACGCGUGAUUUCGCGACGGCACCGCCGAAAAUUCCUUGUUGACAAACAUCGGCUGCGACAAAGAGGCGGAGGCAGGCAGACAGCGAGAAAGAGACAGAUAAAUAGGAAGAAAGGAGGAAGAAAGGAUAACGCGGGGCGAGAAUGUCAGCCGAUCGGCGGGAAUCGAUCGGGAUUCCCUUUUCCCGAUGUCCUGAUAAUCGAUAAGAGCGUCGCGUAGGUGGACCGCCGCGGGACCGCCUAGGCAGCGGAGGCAGCGAUCGGCCUUACCGACGUCAAUUUCUCGCCCUCGCGCCGUACCCUCUCGCUGUGCUCCGCUCGGGUGAGAUAAAUGUUGAGGAUAAACGGCGGCCCGAGGCGUCGACGAGGCUCGCUUUCGCGAGGCCAAGAUCGGCCUGCGUGCAUCACCGCCGCGUCCGACGACUCCGUCGCUGCUACCGCCGGACUUGGCGAGAUGCCGGUCUCCCUGAGGAACCACCGGAUCACGUAAAGGGUAGUAGCCGUCGGGCCGCGUAGAGCCCUUCGAUCGCGCGCACGCAAGCACGCUCGCGCAACACUGAAGGGAACACGAACCGGAGAUCCCCCGGCUGCUGAAGCUGCCUACCUGCACACCCCCGGCUCUGUACAUCCCGCGCUGAGCACAACACCGUCGUCAUCGUCGUCGGCAGCGAGCGUUCGUGAGCCGCCGAUGCACCAGGAGCCCAAAGGAUGGAGGCCAGCGAGUGGGAUCACGCGACCUUGAGGGAGGAGGAAUUCGAGCAGCACGCCGUAUAUUUGGUACCGGAUGUGGCGGCAUCGCCAGGCGAUACCAAUCGUGCGGAGGCGUCCUUGCCGCGGAACCUGGUCCUCAAGGCCUCUCAGGCCCUCAACGAUGUGUUGGGUGUGUGGAGCACCAGUUACAUCCCGAAGGGGACGCGCUUCGGCCCUCUGGUCGGCCAGGUGUACACGAAGGAUUCGGUACCGGCGGACGCGAACCGGAAGUACUUCUGGCGGGUGUACAAGAACAACGAGCUGUUCUACUACAUCGACGGUUAUGACGUCCAGAAAUCGAAUUGGAUGCGUUACGUGAAUCCCGCCUACUCGUCCGAAUCGCAAAACCUAAUAGCAUGCCAGUAUAAGAUGAACAUUUAUUUUUACACGAUCAAGCCGAUACUACCGAAUCAAGAGUUGCUGGUUUGGUAUUGCAGGGAAUUCGCGGAAAGGCUCAAUUAUCCGCUCACCGGCGAGCUGAUGCUUCAGAGAAUACGACAACAAGUACAACAAUCGGCGCUACCAACGGAAAUCCCGCCCACCGUCGACGUGGUGUCGCCGCUGAAAGACUCGUCGAUCUACGAGAGGCGCUCGCAAAUGACGCCGACGGACGGUUCCGUUAGGUCAGACGAGGGUUACCACUCGAACGGCUAUCACGACGAGAUUCUGACGCCGCCUGAGGAGAGCAGUGAAUCCGACUCCGAGAAUAACUACGUGCUGGACUUCAGCAAGAACGCCAAGUCCUCGGUGUGCAGCGACGAGAUCCUGAAGCAGGACAACGCCGCGGUGAAGAAUGAGUACAGGAAGGUGAAGAUCAAGAUCUCGAAAACUUAUGGCAAUUUUCAGACAGCGAAAGGCAUAGACGGCCCGGCGAAGGACAAGGAGCAGGAGCUUUCCAGCCGGGCGGUCAGCCCGGAGUUGCACAAGCCUAUGUCGCCUGUCAUCCUCCAGAAAAGCGCCAUACUGUCGACCGUGAAUGAAGACGAGGUCGUGCCCGAGAAGAACGCCAAACCUUUCUACGAGCCAGAGGUGAAGGGCGGCCUGCCAAUGUCCGGCAGACCUGCCUACCUCAGUAGCCCAAGCAGCUCCAUCCUGGAGAACAUUCUCCUGCGAAACAGCACUGACAACAACAACAAUAACAACAACAGCCACAACCAUCAUCAUCAUCAUCACCACCAUCACAACAACCACCACCACCAGCAUCAUCACAACGGCAGCCCCCAGCAGCAGCAACACCAUCAGCACCAUCAACUACACCAUCAGACCCACGUGGACUCGGUGACACCGCCGCCCUCCAGCCCCACCGAGAUGGCGUACUCCUAUAAGAAAUCCCACCGUUACGGCAACAUUUUACCCUGCAGCCCAGACUCCAGCUCGAACCUGCCUAUGCAAACGGACUCAUGUGUCAACUCAACCAGCGGUAAUGGCGCGCCACCUAUGCAGAGUCCCACCAGCAAUCUACAUUCCAGCACGGGCGGGCUGCACUCAAGCACCGGCUCGGCAAACCCCGGUCUACCGCCGCAUCCCGGUAGCUUACAUUCAUCUAGCAAUCCCGGUGGCGGCGGAGGUGGCAACGGUGGAGGAGGAGGAGGCGGUGGAAGCAACAGUGGCGGCGGUAUUCACUCCAGCACCAACGUGCUGUCAUCCAGCACGAUAUUAACGUCCACCAGCGGCAACCCGCACUCGUCCACGACGACGAGCGGCUGCCCGCCCAAGCGGAAGACCAAGAGUCCAUCGCCGUCGAGCCAGAACGGCGUGUCCACUCCGACGAUCCUGUACUCCAGCUCGGGCGGUUGCCAGAUCGAGUCCAGUCCGGUCUACCCGAACUCCGCGGCGGCUGCCACCGCCGCCAACGGUGGCAGCAAUCAAAGCGUCUCGCCGAUCUCGCCGAUCCAGUCGCCUUCGUCAUACCCAUACAGUCUCUACGGUCACCAAAAUGGCUCGCUGCAUCACAACGUUGCGCCCUUGUCCAUCAACUGCACCGCUUACUCUCCCACGCCGAGUGGCAACGUCGUCUACGAGAGAUCGGACGGCAGGAGGCUGGAGGCGGCCAGCAGCAGCCACCAAUUGCCCACCUCGUCGACCAUGCAGAUGGACGGCAACCAGGCACUAAUCGCCGGCACGCACAAUCUUCACUUGGGUCACCAUCCCGGCCUCACCAUCCACGCCAACUCGCCGUCUCUCAAUAGAUACUCCCCGGCGAGCUCGUUGUCGCCGGACGACCAUGGCUGUUCCCAGAGCGGCUCGCUCAGUCCAAACUCGCAGGGCUCGAGGGGCUACAGGUCUUUGCCUUAUCCGCUCAAGAAGAAGGACGGCAAAAUGCACUACGAGUGCAAUGUAUGCUGCAAGACCUUCGGCCAGCUGUCAAACCUCAAGGUGCAUCUCAGGACGCACUCUGGCGAGAGGCCCUUCAAGUGUAAUGUCUGCACCAAGAGCUUCACGCAGCUCGCGCACCUCCAGAAGCAUCAUCUCGUGCACACCGGUGAAAAGCCACACCAGUGCGAGAUAUGCAAGAAGAGGUUUAGCUCAACAUCGAAUCUCAAGACUCACCUCAGACUGCACUCCGGCCAAAAGCCGUAUGCCUGCGACCUUUGCCCCGCCAAGUUCACCCAGUUUGUCCACUUGAAGCUGCACAAGAGGCUGCACACGAACGAGCGGCCCUACACCUGCCAGGGCUGCGACAAGAAGUACAUUAGUGCGAGCGGCCUUAGAACUCACUGGAAGACUACGAGCUGCAGGCCGAACAACAUCGAGGACGAGCUCGCGCUUGCAGCUGCGGCCGUGGGUUCGCCAACAUAUUACGAAUACGGUCCUGACAUGAAUGUCGGAAAUAUACCGAAGGAAUGCGAGCUGGAGCACAUCGAUAAUUACGACAGGCACGGGUCGGCGCACGGUCCGCACUCCACGUCUCUGCACAACCUGGAAAACUCCGUAGGUCGACCAAGCGUCAUAGAGACGUCCCAGCCGCACAUUAUCGAGUGUACAUAAGCCGCACACGGGGUAUGAGCCCCUUCGCUCCGGCGCGAGAGACGCGGCCGUGGAAAUAUAAACGAGUUGCUCGCGACUGACGAGAUAAGAUAAAGGAUAGAAAAGGGAACAAGCUCCCUUCUUCUCCUGGUCCUCCCCCCGCCCCUCUGAAAUGGCAGGAAAGAAUAGAGCUUUCGCGAAGGUAGGUGCCGAGUGGGAGAAGAGAUUCUCCGUGAAUGAAUCGUUCUCCCGGAUCCCCGAUGAGGAUUGGCGGAUUCGUGAGGGACAAAUGGAAAUGAUUUGGAGGACGCCUCGCGAGGACGCGAGCGUCGCGAAAUUGUUUUCAAAGUGUGAUUAUAAUCCUUCGCGAUUAUUUCCGUCUGCUCCAUCGGAGCCAGAAUCUUCUCAAUGGGAGACUCGACGAUGGGAGAAGGAUUUCUCGCGAGGGAUCGUCCGGAAGUGACGAGAGGACGCGAGAUACCGCGGAUAAGAUGUAGUUGAAACGACGAAACGUCGCCAAUCGCGUGACAGUGACGUACACAGACCGAUCGCUCCGACAAUCAGUUCGGCCCGAAGCGAUCUCAGUUUUUAGCCAGCACUUUGUUGCUUUACCGAGGGAGUGGAGUACCGAGAGAGCGCGCGACGUCAAGGACACAGGGGGAGAGGGAAAAGAGAAAACGGAAAAAGCCAAAAAAAAUAUACACAGAAGAAGAAACGAAUGAAUUUUGCCGCGGUGGGUCGAAGAGAUUCUGUCUUGUAGAGGCGCAUAAAGUUCCUUCCUUGUAAAUACUUGUUUCUAUAUUUUUUCUAUCGCGUAGCGUUAUAUCAACGAAGAAGAGAGGGGAAGGCUUCUUCCCCGAGAGUAAUCAGGCUUAAUCACUCGACUUCCGGGUGCUGCCAUUUCAGAAGAAGAGACAGAGAGAAAGAGAGAGAGGGUGGGGCGAGCGGGAGGACGAUUGCGUGAACGAUUGGCACCAAAGUCGCUCGGGUUUCUCGAUUACUCUUCCACGAUGCACGUAGAAACGCACGCCGAAGACGCAUCGUGACGACACGUGUCAGUCGGUAUCGACUGCGACCGAUCAGAGGGAUUACCGAUCGAGUCCGAUGACGAUUUUACCGAUCACUCAGAUCCCUCUCGUGUACUUUGCGAUUUUACUUCUUCUCGAAACAGCCGGGUGAAAGGAUGCAUCGCCAUUUCUCGACGCGUCCAAUUGUCCCGGGACGAGCUCAGUUUUUUUCCUCAAAUUUCAGACACGAGCAGAAUGGAAAUCGUGGAAUUCUUUAGUUUGUCUCCUGAAUCUUUGUCAUGCGUUAAGCUCACUACUGAGAGUAAAUUACGUCUAGUGGCCGUCCCGGGAGAAUUAAUAUGUUCUGCGAUUAAGGCUUCGCCCGCGAAGCUACGUUUAUAUCGCGAAAUUACGAAGUCACGAUGCGAUCCUCGACGUGCUUAGGUCAGCGUGUGUUAUAUGGCGGAUUUUGUCGGCACCCGCCAUCGUGUUCGAGUGCAACACGCGAACAGCAGCGGCAGCAGCAGCAACAACAGCAACAACAAUAACAGCGAGAGCAAGAAAGACCCGAACAACCAGUGACGACACGACUGCAACUAUACGAGACCUGUACCUGUACAUACUAACAUUACUAUUAAUUAUUCAAUAAUUUAAAAAAGGUAAUAUAUAUAUUAUAUAUAUUAUAUAUAUAAGGAGCUCUAAUUUAUAUGAAUACCUUUAUAUAUUUAUAUAUAUAGGUAUAUAUGUGUAAAUAUAUACCUAUGUGUAUAUAUAAAUACAUACACACAUAGCAACACGCAUUUGCGUGUACGCGUAUGUAUGUGUAUGUGUACGGUGCUUCUCAUUAAUGGAGUUCUCUUUGAGUGUAGGAUGCUGUAGAAAAGUGUAGGUGAGCACACCACCUUCAGGCUUCCGAAACAGAUCUUUCCAUGAACCAGAAUCCAGAGAACCAAGAACCUUUGGCUACGUUCAGAAAACGCAGCGAUCAGUGAGCGUCAGUCAGUGAUUAUUGGUCUUCACUGUUAGAUCUCUAACUUUAGACCAAUUACGUUGACAAGUUACUCAAUCGUUGUAAAACCGUUGUGUUUUUUGAACACAGCCUUUGACUUCUGCGAUCACUGUUGGCUGCAACACGACAUGUAGCCAUAACCGUAAUAUCAAUCGCGUACAACAACGAUCUAUUUCAUCACUCAUACAUUAUUCGCACGUGCAUUUGACGUAUCGCGACUAUUCCACGUGAUUCAUCUACGCAACCAACGCUACUUAUCGUAUUGGGGCUGGCAGUGAUCACCCUAGUUGUACAUGUUCGGCCUCUGAAUUCUGGCUCCGGGAAAGAUGAUUGGAAUUCUGGAGAUGGCGCGUUCAUCUGUACUAGUUUACUCUAAAAAAAGACUCGAUUUAUGAGUGAGUAGUAUACGCACAUGCAUACGUGCAUACAUCGUCGUCGAUCAACGAAUGGUAGGCUACACUUUCGAAUGACUCUCGCACGACGCCGAAUUAUAUGAGCUCGAUACUUUGUUAAAUAAUUUAUCAGCGCGCGCGCGUUAACGCAUUAUUGGCCAGACGCGUUGUCGACUUAUCAAAAUUGUUUCAUUGCCGCGUCGGCUUGCGUUGAUUCACAACAAAUUUCCCCAUUUCUUAAAAGGCCGGUCGACGAUGCGUUAGGCCGGAUGUACGCCCUUGUCCGCAACCUUAUUUUAAGACGUAAGUCAGAGAAAUUGACCAACUACAGCCAAUUAUUCUUCUAAAAAUCGACCAUGGUUGGUCAAUUUCUUACGGCUUACGUCUUAAAGCAAGGUUAUGGACGAGGGUUAAUAGGUGUAAGCUUCAAACCGUAAGAAAUUGACCAAUCAUAGUGGAACGCGACGAGAAUAAUCGACUAUGAUUGGUCAAUUUCUUACAGCUUAAAACUUAUAAACCUGGGUUUAAAGAGAACUAUAUCUCAAUCGCAAACAGAUAGUGAAAAUCGCUUGGAUUCAAACCGGUGAAAAUUCCGUACUUCGAAACAGUGAAAAUUCAAAACCGGUGAAAAUUCAGAGGUAAUGGACGAGGACAAUCUCUACGCAGGAUCGAAAGUUACGAUAGGAAAUCUAGUCAAAACGCACCGCGCGGGAAAUCGCAAGAUACGGCACGGCGGCAUCGCUUAACACUUUAGAUCCACCUACAGUGGGAUUGGCAUAUUCUUUUAACAAUCAACUAUGGUUAGUCAAUUUGCUUAUUGGUUUUAUCGCUCCUACUAUCAAUCCCAUUGUAGAUGGCCUUUAACCGACGGACCUUGAUGGGGUCUGUUGUUUUAGUACAGACUAGGUCAAGUUGACCCAAGAGCCAUGAUGUCCAUUUUGUUUAUUGUGAGAGCAACAAUAGAUCGCAAAAUGUUCUUUUUAGAACAAAGGAGAAGAGCUUGUGCUCUAAAAGGAAUGUUUGCAAUCCAUUCCAUCUUUUCAUUGUCGCUCACACGGUUUGUAUAUGAGUGAAACAUGGCCAAUGUAAUCUUUAGGCCAACUUGAUCAAGUCUUUCCUAACUCUAACCUAACGUAGUUUAAUCCUAAUCUAAUCUGUGGCCGAAGACUUGCACAAAUUUGCUUAAAACGCUUUUAUUAAAUUACAUCUCUUAAAUUAUAGUACUUAUGAAAGAUAUUAACACUUAUAUAGAGAGUUUGCUUCAAAAAGAUGUCUGCACUUAUAUGAAGAAAAAGUUACUUCCAUAUAUGAUCACAUCUACGAUUAUGCGGGAUCAUAUAUGGAUGUAACUUUUUCUUUAUAUAAGUGUUGACAUCUUUUUGAAGCAAACUCUCUGUAAGUGUUAAUAUUUUUUUUAAGCACUUAUAUAUCUAAUUAAAUGUUGUAGAAAUGUUGAAUUCGUGAAAAAAUAGAUUUUUCUUACGAGUAAAUUACAAUAAAUAUGAUGCAUUGGACUGUCCGGAGAAGUCGUGCGAGAAAAAAGUGCGUCUCAAUAUCUUAUAGGCUUUGCAAAUAACUAUUUUGUUUACAUAUGUAGUAAAAGCUAAACAUAGUGCUGUCUUUAGAAUUGUCUCGACAGUUUCGCUUCUGUGCGCUUCGGCGACGUUGAAGAACGAUAUAGAACCAAAAAUCCGCACAAACUUCCCAGACAAGUCAAUGUUUCAUGCGUGGUUGGGAAGUAAUACAUCGCUUGCAACGCUGUUACCAUAACAAGUUGUAUUUAACGAUAACGGUAACGAGCUAUUUUUCAAAAUUAAUAACGAUAACAAUAACAAGUUAUUCACUUAUUUAUUUUUUUCAAUUUUUUAGCGUGUGACGAGUUGCGUAUAUUUAUUUAUUUAUUUAUAUUUCAAUCUUUCCCGAUAUAUAACGAAUAUAAUUACUCUUAAAAAAUCACUUCUCCAAUCCUGAUCGCAUGGAAUAUUAAUUUGCGACGUUCGUGCGUCUCACGAGAAGUCUUCUGUUCUUCGCGUAGAGCACGAGAUUUGUAUAAGUCCGGAUCUACAACACGUGUAGUGUAAACCUUUUUUUAACCUUAUACUCUAAGGUUUAUAAUUUCUGACAGAAAACAUUUAUUGCGCUGCUUUAACAAUUAGAAUCUGGCGAACUCACUUAAAGCUUGGGGAUUAUGACUUCAGGCAGCAAUGAAAAACGUUUAUAAUAGAAAAUUAUGGCACAAUUUUGGGUUUAUAGCAUAAUGCUAAAAACUUACUACAUCUAUUGUAGAUCCGAGCUAAAGGAAGAGCUACGCACUAGUGAUCGAGUUCGAGUAACGGUCCAAGUAAGACACUACGCGUCUCGUCGGUGUAAAGUGUUAAGGGAGAGACGCGCGCUCGGAAAUCGCGUUUCUGGAUCUUCGCGACUCACCAAGCAUUCGCGUCGAACUCCCGGAAAAAAAAGAAAACGAUGGUUUUUUUGGAUGAACAAUGUACUUCCCGUACACACAACACACGCGAAAGCGAUAUUCGCGGAGUUCACACCAACGACCGUCCGCGAAGACGCUGGUUAGGCCUUAACCAGCCUUCUCUAGCCCUAAAUACGCCUUCUUCCUUCCUCUCGCGAAAUCUUCCAGUGAUUUGAAACGCGCCGAACCGGUGCGAAUUCGCACUUCCAGUGAUUAAUUAAUUAGCACUAUGUUAAGACGCACGAGAGGGUGUCGCGCGAGAGUCGAGCUUUGCGAGAGCGCAGCCUACCCGUCGUACAAUGAACAAAGAGCGUCCUUACCGAACGACGACUGCGGGAACCGCCGCGUCACCGUCACGCAGAAUGACGAUUUUUCAAAGGAGGCCGCGUCGGCCCCUAGUCGUUGUUCCGUAACGGUUACGAUUAAAAAAAAAAAAAGAGACGUAUCGCAGACUGAUAUAUACACAUGGCUAUUGAGCGUCUGUGCGAUUCUAAAGAGCCACAUGCAUCGCGAUACGAUUCCGUGCGAAUUGAGCGAGCGAGCGAAACGAACGAAAGAAUGAGAGUGAGAGAGAGAGAGAGAGAGAGAGAGAGAAUGAGCGAUUUUUCGAGAAGACAAGAGUGCGGAGUGUGUUAGGGAAUAUACCAUCGUUCGAAAUUACGGCUUCCUUCGCAAAACCCGAGGCUCCGGUUCCGCAAAAAUCUUCCCCUCACGUCCGACGCGCGAUGAACUCUACGUAAAUAACCCAAAGAAAUCCGUUCCGGCCGAAACUCUCCCUCAUCUUUCGGGGAUGCGCGCCAGCCGACCGGGGGUUCUCCCUCCCCCGAUCGCGAUGUAUACGCGAGAUUUUUACGAAACUGUUCCCUCGUUUCUCCUUCCUUCCUUCCUCCCCUCUUUCCCUCCUUCCUUCCAUUCUUCCUGGAGAUUGGCGAUAUCGUAGUAUUAUCCACUCGCCGAUCAAAAAAGAAAGACAAGGACCCGUCGAAACGCACCCAAAAGAUCCUCCUCCUCGACUGUUCCUGUGUACACACACAUACACACACGUACAUACACGCACAAAAUGUCUCACACCACACACAGCAUACCCAAUAAGUUUCACGAGGAAUUAGAGAAAGAACUCUCGAGACGAAUGCGGAAACGUAGGCGUACGCAAUAGCUUUUGCAGGGACUUGAAGAUCACUAACUUGCCGAUACCUUUUUCACCCCCUAGAGACGCGGCAACCAUUCGGGUGUUCUACGGGACGUCUCGAGCUGCGAAAGCGUGACAGGGUUUUUUUCAAAUGGCGAAGAAGCGCGGGACGCCCGCGACCAUCCGAAAUCGCGAGGAGUCUCGGCGAGAAUCGACUCAUAUCCUCCGCGAUCUAGGCCGAAGAUGUGCAAAACACACCGCGCAAAAAUCUACUGAAAAGAGACACGAACAGAGACCCGAGAAUCCGCUAGUGCGAAAUUAUUCCGAGAGCUUUCCGAUAAAAACAACUCCCCGGAUAGUACAAGAUGUCCCAAACUUACUCAGAGAGUGUCAGAGAGUGAAGCCAUGAGGGGUGUUCUAGUACGUCCUAAGCACAGCCAGGAUGAUUCAAGGAUUUUGCGCUAUUUAAAUCCGUUCUUUUUCGAUCGUCCUAAAAUAUCUCGACUCGCAUGCAAAUAGAAAAGUAAAUUUUGGCCGAAACAGUACUGUACUUUCAGCUAAACUAGGUGACACAUUUUACCUUUAGUAAUUUUUAAUUUUACCGUAGAAUAGAACAAUAUCUAUUCUUUAUAGCUUACCAAGUUCACUCUCUACGCUUAAAAUGAAGCAGAUACAAAUUUGAUAUUUAGAUAGUGAAAGGAAGGAGAAAAUAGGCUGAAACACCCAAUUAUCGAUAUUCUCGAAAAGCCAAUUUUUUUGCACCUUUGCGGUUAAACUUCUUGGCUGCACUCUGUAUAAUUUCAAAACAGACUAAACUGUGAACAGAUGCCGCUGGUCGCAAGAAAAUCAAAUUUUUCAAGAGUCGAUCACUAAGAGAAAUAUAAAUAAUUGAAUAUUUUAUCCUAGAGAGGUUAAUUUAAGAUUAAACUUGAAAACAUUUUCACUUUUCACAGUUAAGGGAAAGUCACGAUCAACCCUCAGAAAUUGCAAUCAUGAAGAACAGACUUCAUAGCCCGAAAACAUGAACAAUGGACCUUAUAUUAUCCUGGACAUACAUUUGACAUUAAAUUAUAACUAUCUAAAUCCAAGUUCCAUUUAUUUUAUGGGAACAUCAUGUGUAACAUUGUCUCAGUAUGAUGUCAGAAAGACAUAUUUAGCGUUCAAUGUGUAUCCAGAAUAGAGAUUGUGAUCGGAAACUCGCGAAAUAAUUCCAUGAUAGCGCUGCCGAUCGAAGAGGCAAUCUGGAACACUCCCGAGACUCGUCGGACAUGCAAUAAUAGCGACGCGUUAUAGCAAUAAUGACAUUAACUUGCCUUUGGCAACGACAUGAACGGUAUGCCCUAACACGUGGCUACCGGAUCUCGAUCCGCGCCUGGUUGUAAUUUUACUCGUGAAACGACGAGCUCCGCGUCCCGUAAAUCGCCACGAUUCUCUUCUUGCCUCAUCUGCGCAUUCGAGCGCAAUUUUAUUAUGCAUAACUUCGAAGUAAAACAGAGAAACUAGAGGAGAAACUUAGGCGCUUAGGGAUUUCUCGAAAUCGUGAAACUAAUAGCGAGAGGUGCUGAGAAACUAAGAGAAGCGCGCACACACACAUACGUCCACACAAACAUACACACACACACACGUCCAUACACAGACACACACACAAACAUAUACACAGACAAAAAGCACAUUCGCGUAGUAGAGGCAGACCAGGUGAAGACACGUGUAAAUAUGCUGAAAGUAGUGGAAAACGUCGAAAAAAAGGAAGCGCGAGCGACUUAAACGCCUCGAGGACAAACAAGCAAUAUUUAGUUCUUACCAUCUCGUAAUAAUUAAACGAUAACUCCAACUGUACCGUGCACACGCGCGUACGUAUUUAAACGACUAUAAAUUAAAUGUUAAUUAUCCUUACACUUCGUAUAUAGUGAAUUGUUACGCAUUUAUUAUCAUUACAAUUAUUGAAUAGGUAAUGCUCAAUUAGCAUUUGUUUCUUAAAAUAAAGAAUAAAUAUAUGGCUGUUGGAUAUUUA